AUGGCAGGUGAUCUCGGCAACAUAUCGCCAACCAUGACCUCCGCAGCUUCAUCUCUCUCUGAUUACAUCUCAGGUAUACGGUUCAUUCUCGAGGACUAUCAGGAAGUUACCCUGGGCAACAUUGUGGCGAAGAACGAGAGAAUGCUCGAGAUAGGCGCCGAACUCUGCAGACCAACCAGUUUCAUCGCCGCCGUCCGCCCCAGAGGUAUCCAGGCCCUACGCGCUGUGACGGAUAAAGGCGACAUCUCGUCCUGGGAACAAAAUUACCCGUCGGACCUCAAACCGCUCUUCCCUUCUGACCCCAGGGCAAGCCAACCCCCAAUCUGGCGCACAACGGGACUCUGGUACCCAGAGAUCCUAGCACCUUCCCACCUCCUCCACGACAGCACGUUCGCAGGCCGUCAAAUCCACCUACAGGAAAACCGGCCUCUGGUGCAAACCAUGUCUGGCGGAAUCAAGGGCCAUAUGCUGCAAUACCUCACCCGUAUCUCAGUAAAAGUCUCGGAGACCGCAAUCGUCGGAAUCGAUCUCUUCUACAACGACCACCCACCCGUCAAUUGUCUCCAGGCUUGCCCGGCAACCGCCAAGGGCGACUACACGACCAGGAUCCGCUUUCCCAUUGAGGGCUGGUGAGCGCUUGACGGGGCUUCAGGCGGAUAUGGGCGUCUUCGCGAGUGUGCACGACUGCAGCAAUCCUUACAACUACGCGCGAUCACAUCCUUGAAAGUAAGUGGCCCAGAUCGAAGACGGGUGUUUAUUGUCGAUGGAGCAUACAGACUACGUAUGUGACACAGGUAACCACGAACUUCAAGCCUGUUCCCUUCACUUUUCAGCCGAGUGCUAUCCUGCAGCCGAGACUUCCUGUUGGCCCAUACAUCCGCCAAAGAUCCAGAAAGGUAGAGAUUGCUCCUGGGACGACGUUGAGAGGGAUAUACUUCAUGCAUGUGGGUAGUCAACGACUUAAUGGAGAAUUUUUGUGCCAGCCGCCUGAUUUGGUAUAUGUGGCCGAUCAGGAUACGGUAUUCGGCAUGCUAAGCAUGGGAUGUAUUUCCGAAGAUCUCACUGCAAUGGAGAACGGGC